CCUCCAUUGUUUACCACGAAGCUUGUAUCAGGAGUAACAGAUUCAUCACGAUGCUGACUCAGUCUAUCCUGGUGAUUCUGCUGAGCCUGGGAUUAGUCUCUGCUCGCCCAGGUGUCGGAGAAGAUAGCCUGAACCACUACGUCGAUCUGGUGUUGGAUAACCUUCAGAUCCUCAUCGUUGAGAAUGGCCUCGACCCCGGCCCUCUCCCCAACAGCUCCGUCGGCUUCAGUGAUGUGAUCCUGGGGGUCACGUGGCACGGGGAAGCAGCUGUGUAUGAUGGGUGGCUCCGUGGCAUAGCUUCCAUCUUCCGCUCAGGCGACGCCAACUUCCUCCGUGACGGUAACGGCAUCAUCAACGGUAUCUCCAGCGGCAUGGGACUUGGGGAGAUGAAGGGCCACUACACCUGUUUGGCUAAGUUCAUGGACUUAGGACCCAUUGCUGAAAUCACUGUGGACGUGAAUGGCGCCAAAGUGUACUUCGAGGCGGCCCUUGACCGUACCACCUGCAGAUUCCACGUCUCUAUUAUGGAGGUCACAAAAAUCGGACACAUCAACAUAGACAUCAAAGGGCUUGGUCCACUAAACUGGAUUUUCGAGAUAGUGGCAAACCUCGUGGUGAACAUCGUCAAGAUCUUCAUUAAAGACACUAUAGAAGUAUCCAUUCAAGAUCUGACCAAUCAAAUCCUUGAAUCUAUUGACCUCAGUGCAUUUGGUCCUCUUAUUGGCUGUAACCCCGCGAUCCAGAAUCCACUCAUACAGCCUCAGGUCAAGAACUACAUCAAAUAAGAAAGGUGAUUCCCCAACGGUAUCAGGUCGUGUGUUGUUGACCUCUUGAUCUGUUUAGUAAACAUAGAAUUUAUAAUGUGGUA